AUGGUCGGCACUACAAUGGAGGAAGGCUCAUCUUCGGGCGUGAAUUCGGCCUCGUUUGAUGCCUACCAUGGCCGACUACAGACAGCAGCGCUCACAGCUACACGCAAGGCCGCAACUCUUCCUGCCGAUAUCGCUUUUCACCGGUCUAUGGACCAAUCGCUCGCACAGGACUUGGACGCUCUCUCGGAGAGAGUACUCUCCAUUACAAACAGGCUGUUAGGCCUGGUAUCGACGGUGGAUCAAACGCAGAACAAGGGAAAGGGAAAGGCGAAGCUGGAAGGCGAGGACGAUGUUGUGGAUAAUUUUCAUUCGGCAGUGGUCGAUACAAUAGACCAGCUGCUCGAGAAAACAGACAUAUGCCUCGACGAAUUCUUGGGCAAGAACAAGGCUCCUGCCAUCCCGAUCAACCCACCUAUCACGUCCAACAAACCAAGCGCGAAAGUAGCCCAGAAGCCCACCGGGAAGAAUGAACCCGUUAUCCAGCACGCCGCACACCUCACAAAACCUCAAUUGUCCUUCAAGAAGCCACCAGACAACUCUGACUCGCCUUGGCACCCGACACUGACCCACAAAUACAACGCGAAGGUCCCUCUUGGGCACAGCUAUCAUGAUUCAGAUGCGGAGAGUAGAACUCUUGUUUCGAACCAUCCAUACUGCUACGAAAUUGCGCAUAUAUCCUACCCACCACGCAUGUUCAAGCCAUGUACCCCCAUCCCUCCUCCGUCUCUCGAAGAUACGACCGCUACAUGGGUAGACACCCCAGCCGCAUUCCAGGCCAUGCUAUCCAAGCUCAAGAAUGCGACCGAGAUCGCCGUCGACCUCGAGCAUCACAGCUACCGUUCCUACGGCGGGUUUCUCUGUCUCAUGCAGAUAAGCGACCGCGAAGAAGACUGGGUCGUCGACCUGCUCGCCGUCCGGGACGAAGUCGAUGCGUUGAACGAGGUCUUUACGGACCCGGCAAUCGUCAAAGUCUUCCACGGCGCGGACAGCGACAUCGUCUGGCUCCAGCAGGACUUCAACCUAUACGUCGUCAACCUGUUCGACACGUUCCAUGCGUCGAAGCUCCUCGAGUUCCCGAGGCACGGCCUAGCGAACCUCCUGGAGAUGUACUGCGACUUCAUACCGGAUAAGCGAUACCAGCUCGCGGAUUGGCGCAUGCGCCCCCUGCCGGAGGAUAUGCUCCUAUAUGCGCGUUCCGAUACUCAUUUCUUGUUGUUCAUCUACGAUAACCUGCGGAAUGCUCUCUUGGACCGCUCGAAAUCGGCUUCCCGGUCGCCAACAUCUUCGCCGCCACCUGGAGGCUUUGCAUUGUCAUCAUCCAAGUCCAAAAGCCCGACGGCGCUCCUCGACCAGGCACUUGCACGCUCUGCGGAGACGUCGUUGCGUGUGUACUCGAAGGAGCCUUACGAUGCGGAGGAGGGGUCCGGUCCAGGAGGCUGGGACACGCUUGCGAAGAGGUGGAAUAAGGGUGCUUUCUUGGCUGGUGGACCGGGUGUGGGAGUUGGUGCGAUGCAGAGGGAGGUGUACAAAGCGGUUCAUGCAUGGCGGGAGAAGACAGCGAGGGAGGAGGAUGAGAGUACGCGAUACGUGCUACAGAACCACUUCUUGUUUAUGUUGGCAGAGGAGCCUCCCGCAGACAUGGCGUCCCUCCUGAAGGUGUUCAGGACGUCCGUCCCGCCUUUGGUCAAGCGCCGUGCGAAAGAACUGUUGAAUGUCGUGCGGGAGGCGGUGAAAAGGGGCUUGCCUAUGGUUCACCCGGGAUCAAAAACAGCGGUGGAAGAGGUAACGACGGAUGAGGUGGUUGUAGAGACUCAGAGGGACGUGGUGAUGCUGGAGAGCGAGAUUAAGAGCCUCGAAAGUCUCGAGGGGAAGGUGAAGAACAUCUGGGGAGUAACGCCAGCGACCCAGAGAACUGUUUCGACACCCCACUCUUCGUUGUUUGGACCGUCAAAAGGCAUCACAAGCGCGGGAGGUGCCAGAACCACCGGUAUCGCGUUUUCCACUAGCGUGAGCGCUCUAUUCGGCGUCGGGAAGCGCACAAGUGCUAGUUCUAACGGAGUGGUGGCCUCGACCUCGAAAUCUGUGCUGGAUGCGACGCGCUUCAAAGACUUGGUUACGAAGAUCAACAAAAGCCUCGCGUUGGCUCCCUCGGUUCCUCAGCUCUCCGUGGUCACAGCCAGCGCGCCCAGCGCCACACCUGGUGAACCUAAGCAAGAGGUAGAUGAAGCGACGGGAAUGGAGGUCGAGAUACCAUAUGUGCCCGCCUCGCAGCGGACGACGAAACAGGUCCCGGUGAAGGAAGAGCGCGACACAAUCGUAGUUGUUGGGCAGGCGCGGAAGAAGAGGAAGCGCAAGGCCACGGAGGUGGCAGACGGUGAGGAAAGUGCUGCAUCGAAGAAGGACAAGGGUGAUUUGGCUGCCACGAAAAUGGCGGGAGCGGACGAUGAAGAGCCGUUCGACUUUGCGAAGGUGCCUAAUAUCCUGGAUGAUAACCCGGAUUUGGAGGAGGGGAGCAAGAAGCGGAAGAGGCAGAAGAAGCAGGGAAAUAAAGGUGGGACUUUCUACGGCGACUUCCCUGCGCCUCCCAAAGCGUAUAGCGAGGUGAAGAGCGGGAAUCAGUCGUAUACGUUCAAAUAG